CGGAGGGGAUGAGUGAAGAGUUUUGGCCAACCCUCUUCGGGCUUAUUCGGCGACGUUUGACGUCACGUGAGCCUCCCGUGUCCGUUCCAUCUGAGCUCGACGACGGCUUCACAACACAACACACACACAACCGUGCCCGUGACUUGGAGCCGCCGGAUGCAAAUGAGAAAGUACAGACAGAAGGAGGAAACGACCCCCUCCCACCGCCACUCGGGUACCUCCUCCCACUUCCACGCGACGGACAAGUGAGCGCGAGCCCACAGAAGAGAAACAUCAAGUUGUCAUUUGAACGACAACAUCGACACGCUGUCGUCGAUUUCUCUCUUUUUUUGUAAACAUCGAUCCAUACAUUCUUUUGAGGACUUUUCACCAGCUCCAGUGCUCCAUUUGUCAAACAACUGGAUUUCAUUUUUUGUUUGUUUUGGGUUGCAAUUUCACGCAUUGCAUUGUUCUCCCCUCUUCACCAGUCAUUUUCGUGAGCUUUUCCACUCAGCUGAUCCUCCCACACUGCACUGAGAAGAACGAUUUUGAUCCCCCCCAGAGGAGUGCAAUGGAAUACUUCGAGGCAAACAGCCCUGCAAGGAAAUAAAGGGAGCUUUCUGGCUAUCUUAUCACGUGAAAAAAGUCAUCCAAACUGGUUUUGUUACCUCCUGUGGUCAGCUCUUCUCGGCCCUCCCAUAUACAUCCCCCUCCCACCGCCCACCUUCACCUCACAGGUGUCUCUCCGAGACUCCCCCCACCCUCCUGCCCUCUGGCCCAGGAUGUCCAGGCAGCUCACCCAGCUCCCUACACCGGACCUGCCCGCAGGCGCGAGCCCACAGUUUGGAAGUUGCACCCAGCCUGGGGGCUCCCUCACAGGGGGGCACCUCAACUCCAUGGCGGGACUCAAAUCCCUCCUGCAGCACCCCAUGAAGGGGGACCAGCGCUUGAGAAGCCCCUGUGAUCUCAAAGACAAAGAGCGAUCUAUGGACCUCGAUGAAGACUCUAUGGGCGUGUGCUCCAUGAAGAACACAUCUGGAAUAGGCGGCGGCGGCAGUAGCAAUGGAUGCAAUGGAGGAAGUACCGGUGGUAAUGGAGGGGGCAAUUUCAACCAGUUCUUGGGCCCUCUCUUAUGGGAUCGCACCCUGCCAGCGGAUGGGGGCCUCUUCCAGCUGCAGUACAUGGACUUGGAGGAGUUUCUGACUGAAAACGGAAUGGGCAGCAUGCACAGCAACAACAGCUCCAGUUCGGCCCAGAUCCCCUCGCAGAGCUCCCAGUCCGCAGUGCCCAACCAGAGCUCCCAGUGCCUACCGCCCCCAUCUCCGCCUUGCUCCUCGUCCUCGUCGCCCUCAUCCUCGUCCUCCCCGUCCCUGCUCGGUUUGGAGGUGGCGCAGCCUCAAAGCCUCACCGGAGGAAACGACUGUCUUCACGGGAGCCAGACGAGUAUGAACGACUCCUGCGAGUCGCCAUCAUCCUUGUCCUCCUCACCGUCGUCGUCCUCGUGCCCACCCUUGCUGACGCCCACGGGCAGCGGGCCGGACGUGGUGGGAAUUUUCGACAUGGAUCCAUCGGACAUCGUUUUGUCCAAUGGCCCCGGCCAGCAGAACUUUGACCCCAGGCAGACUUUCAGCGAAGAGGAGCUCAAGCCGCAGCCAAUGGUGAAGAAGGCACGCAAGAUCCUGGUGCCUGAUAACAUGAAGGACGAGAAGUAUUGGAGCAGAAGAUACAAGAACAACGAAGCGGCAAAGCGCUCCCGAGACGCGCGCCGGCUCAAGGAGAACCAAAUAUCGGUGCGCGCCGCCUACCUGGAGCGAGAGAAUGCCGCCCUGCGACAGGAAGUGGCCGAGAUGCGCAAGGAACUGGGUCGGUGCCGCAACAUCCUGAGCAAAUAUGAGAACCGUCUGUCUGACCAGUGAUCAAGGAGGAGGACGAGGAGGAUGAGGACUGAAAUAAGCUGGAUUCCUUUUUAAGACUUUGGAUUUUUAGGAUGACAGGAUGGAAAAGUCUGGAAUCAUGAUGAUGAUAAUGAUUAUGAUGAUGAUGAUGAUGAUGAAUGUAUCAGGAGGAGGAGGAACGAGUGCGUACUGCAGCUCAGGUGUCUUGUUUUUGUUGAGCGCUUUAAAAGCGACGGACGGAGAGAAUAAUUUAACAGAUGUGACUUUUAAGGGUUUUGCUAUUGGAGAAUUGUAUAUUUUUAUAAUACUUCAGAAAACAUUUAGAAGGAGAGUAGAAAUUUGGAGAACAAUUUUGUAUAUUUUCUACGUGACUAGAGAUUGGGGAAACACUAUCUUUUUAUCGCAGACGAGUCAGGUGUAACGGGGGUCAGCCAUUGAUGGGUCUAUUCAGUUUUGGGACUCUUUUAUUAAUGUCAGGACGCUGCGGCGAGGGCGAAGACGCGUGUAACAAUUGUAAUAUAGAGAGCAAAAAUGAUCUUCACGUCGUAUAGUUCAACAUUUUUGUGGAUUUUACUUAUGCAUUGAAGCAACGCAAGCACUUAUGUUUUCUUUUAUUUACCCCUCCCGCCCCAUCCUCCCUAUUUUAGGGAGAGACCAGCCGAGACGUUUUGUGCAUCUUUUUUUUAAUUUUUAAAAUAGACAAUCCUCUGUAAUUAUAAGCACCUUUACUACCCCAUUUACCACCCGGGCUAAUUCUAUCAGACUGGUACUUCACUAAAUGGGCAUUAGUGGUGAAAGCCUUUGUCUACUUCUACUCCUUUUAUUCCCAUUUCCUUUUCCAACUGUAGUAUGAUGUCAUUCCCCGUAACAUUUUAUUUAUUUUUUUUACUUCGACGGUACUGGACUUUAACACUAAAACAGAUACUGUACUACAUAAUAUUGAUUCAUUAAGCAUCAUUAUUCUUUCAUAGGGUAAGUCAAAUGAGCAUGGGAUUUUCACCCGGCCAAUCAGCAAACAAAGGCAAUUUGACAGAAAACUAGAUGACAUAGAUUUUUGUGAUAACUAUUUUUACAAUUCAAAAUAUUUUUAAAAAGUAGUUUUUAAGGGUGAAACAUUUUUGCAAAGUGCUCCAAUCAUAUUCAAGUUAUCUUUCAAUGACUGUUCUCUAAUGGGUUAUUGACAGGGUAUGUGCUAGUUUAUGCAUAUUGAAAGAGAUAUGUCUCAGAUUUAAAGCCAAAAUCACUUCUAUUGAGCAACGAAGUUGCUUUUUUGUUUUUUUUUCUUAACAAUUCCCCUCGACUUAAUACUGCAUCUAUUAAACUCUCUGUAACAAUGACAUGUUCGGCGGGAUGGCAUGACAACUCGAGAGCGUGAUUGUAAUCCCUGUAAUGAGUGAUCACCAUGACUGCUAUUAUUCUUCUUGUUGAUUAUUAUAAGGAUUAUCCCUGUUAUCGUUGUUAUAUAUUAACGACUGUUUUUCUUCCUUUGGAUGAACAUGAUCCACCUUGAUGCACCUUGAUACAGUGACCACCCCCCCCCCCCCCACCCUGCCCAAAAAACAAGACUAUGACCUUCUCAAUCUGGUAUUCCUCAACAUCGCCCACAGACACUACUGCUACACUUCUGCUUUAAUGGAGUUUCCCAUUGUGUGUGUGUCCCCCCCCCAAAAAACAACAACAACUACAUGCCUUUCUUUACGGGACGACCUCCUCACGAACCCGGUGGACUAUGCACGGCGUCGUCCUUUCGUUGGUUUUCUUUCAGCCUUUGUCACCUCCGUCAAGUGAUAGUUCGCUCUCUCCCAACAGGACUGUUCUUAAAAGCCUCACAGAUGUGCGCUAUAAAUCUUUAGAGUGACUCUAAUUGAACUACAUCUGCACCCUGUGACAUCAGCGGGCUCCUUGGUGUCCAACCCACUAUGUGCCGGUUUUAUGGAUGUAGUUGAGAUUUCCCCAGAAUUACACCAAUAAAAAAUUAUUCUCAUUCACCAA